AAAUGUUUUGUUAUUGUCGGUUGUUGCGGCGUGCUCUUACACCUUGUAAUAGAGUUGCAAUCCCUUGUCUGCAUUUCGCACCUUCAAACCAUGGUUAUACAGUGUCAUCUUCUACCAAAACAGAUGAAAUCAUUCAAGAAAAGAAGUUUUCGUUACAUGUGAUCCAGGAAAUUAAUAAUUUAGAAUUUUCAUGGAGAAAGCAAAGAAAUGGAAAACAUUUCAAAAGCCUUAUUUAUAAAUAUUUUUCGAAAGUAGAAGGAUCGACUUCAGAUUCUGUUGACUUAUUACGUGCUGCUUGUGACAAAACAAGAUGCCACCACGAGUUGAUAUACUCUUUGCUGGCAACUUUAAAUGAUGCUAUUAUAAAGGGUGGUGUAGAGUUCAAUCCAUCAUUAGAAGAGAAGAUUGAAGCAUUGAAGUCUGUUCUGAUUUAUAGUAAUUAUGAUCUUAUACAAGAAGUGUGUAAAAUAUUUAAAAUAAAUGAAACAAAUCAUAAAUUCAAAGAAUUAGUAGACAGUCUUCUUAUGAAACAAAAAUUAGUUGAAGCAGCUUAUUGUAUUGGAACUUUAAACUUACAGCACGAAUAUGAUGUUGAAAAGGUCCUUUUUCCUAUUCUUUUGGAAGGAAAAUUAUUCCCUGUUAAGCAGUGCAUUCAGAAACAUCCACAUUUACAACUAAACAUUGCAAAGAAGUUGGACUCUUUGUUGAUAUCUGAAGACAAUGUCUCGAGGACUACUAAAUUUUCAAUAAAUUCUAAGAGAAUAAUCAAAAUUUUAAAUAAAUGGGUUAAAUGGUUUAAAAUACCAACUGAACUAUGUCCAAACUUUCAUCACGUGAGGAGUAGAGCUGCUAUUAAUGUAUUAAUAAAAAGGAGAGCUGAACAAUCUGUAUCUGAGAAUGUUUGGGAAGACAUGGUGAUGACUAUAAUCGGUGAGAGUGCAAGUUUAAAGGAGCAUCUGAUUUACAAACUUAUGCAGCAAAAUGAUAAGGAAACAGCUUUGAAAAUGGUGAAAAAGUUAAAUAUGAAUGAUUUUGAUGUCACCAAGUUAAAUCUGACAGAAGAAGAAACAGAUCUUGAGAACAUAGCUGAUAAAGAUGAUCUCGAAGAUUUAUCUAAAGGAGAUUUUGAAGUUGAAGAUAAAUCUGAGCAUUUGAUGUUUAAUUUAUCUGCCUCUGAUAUCAAAUAUAUUGAUAAUGCAUCAAAAUUUACUGAUUUCCUGAAUGAAAUUUUGAAUUAUGAUAUAGUUGGCAUAGAUACAGAAUGGAAGCCUCAUUUUGGUCUCUCAGCGGAAAGAUUGGCAUUAAUGCAGAUAGCUGUGCGUGAUAAGGUUUAUAUUUUAGAUAUGGUAUAUUUAAGAGAUUGUUUGGCCCCAGAACAUUGGGAUGGUUUUAUGAAAAAUUUAUUUGGAAAUUCUAACAUCAUAAAAUUAGGUUGUGGAAUAAUGAAUGACGUUCAAAUGAUUAUUGAAGAUAGCAAAGGAACUAAAGGAAAGAAGAUAGGGUUUACCCAUAUUUUAGAUAUGUCAGUGUUCUAUAAUAAGUUGCAAGAUAUUUAUCCAGAUGAGAUACAUGAAGAAACUAGGGAAAAGAAAAAUAUAGGACUUAGUAAAUUGUGUGAGCUUAUCCUUGGUCUUCCUUUAAAUAAAGAAGAGCGCUUGUGUGAUUGGGAAAAACGCCCUUUAGCAGAAUCACAGCUGGAAUAUGCAGCUUUAGAUGCACUUUGUUUGGUCCAGAUGUAUGAUAAACUGAAGCUUAACGCUGCUGAGAAAAAUAUGAAUUUUGACCAUUUAGUAAAUGUUUCAAUGUAUUUGACAGCUAGUAUGUGGAAGCCAAAGAAACGAAUAAAAGGAAUGAAGUUUGAAAAAGACAUACAGAUUAGAAAACCUAUUCCAAUACAUCAGUUCAAAGUAGUUGUAGAUUCAGCUUUUGAAUCCCAAGCCAAACAACUGAGGCAGUUAGGAGCUGAUGUUGUAAUACUUAACAAAUCUGAUUCACCUGAAACUGCUGCAAGGAUCUCUAAAGAUGAAGAUAGAAUACUUAUAUGCUCUGUAACUCUCUUUCGUCGGAUUGAACAUUUACGUCCAAAUGCAUUUUGCUUCAAGCCAUUUAAUAAAUAUGGAGAACCUGAACCUAUUUCUUCCAUCCUACAUAAAUUUAAUAUUCAAUUAAGUGCAAAAAGGAUUUUAUCACGAUGUGAAGCAUGUAACAGUGAAGAGAGUAUUAAAUUGUCAUCAAAAGAUAUAAAUUUUCUACAAGACUGCAUAAAAAAUCAAGAUUUUACAGCACUGAAUUCUGUUGAAGAAAUCAAUAAUUUUCAAAGGACGUUAAUCAAAUUAAUUGAAUCAGGGAUAAAUAUUAAAUUUAAACCUGAAAUGAAUUAUUCUCAUACUGAGAAACCUCAAGCAUUUUUAUGUACAAAGUGUGGAACUGUACAAUGAUGUAACAUUGAUAUAUAGUGUAAAUAAAUAUUAAUUUUUAUUGUUU